GAUGGGCCUCGGAACGAAGCAACUGACGGGUAGCAGUACCGGUGGCUCCCUGGACGAGCUGGUCCAGUAUGCAACGAUCCACAUUCCACUGCCGGUGGUGCUGAGCGGUGCCGUCAUGCCGUUUAUGGUGGUGUACGCACUCUGGCUGUAUCUGUGGGUGUUUGUUUACGGUAUCGACGAAUAUCAGGAUGCGGGGCUUCUGUUUCUAGCCGGCAUUGCCUUCACGCAGAUCUUCGUGUGCCUGUGCUGUUUCUGGAGCGUGCACGUCCAAACGUUCCUAAACUGCCGACGAACGAAAGUGCCCUGUGCCGGAGCGGUCGCGAAGGUUGUACCGACGGAAAACAAUGGCUCGUCGGAGCUGGUACGCAUCCGGCAGACGAAAGCCGAGGGCACUGCGAAGGAGGACGGCGAGCUGACGUACUGGUUUCUGUUUCAAAAGACCAAAUACAUCUGGGACCCGAACAAGGCCCAGUUCCGGAGCGUCGAAUUUCCAAUCCACAAAACGUAUGAGGAGUAUUUUGAAUCGAAGGGCCACCUGGACGAUGCAGACGUAACGCUCGCCCAGGCCACGUACGGUGACAACGAGAUGGAGAUGGUGGUGCCGGAAUUUCUCGAACUGUUCAAGGAACGUGCGACGGCACCGUUCUUCGUGUUUCAGAUAUUUUCCGUACUGCUCUGGUGCCUGGACGAGUACAUGUACUAUUCGCUGUUUACGCUCUGCAUGCUCGUCAUCUUUGAGUGUGUGCUGGUGCAGCAGCAGCUAAGAAGUCUGUCGGAAAUUCGCAAAAUGGGUAACAAACCGUACCAGAUCAACGUGUUCCGCAAUCGGCGCUGGCGUCCAAUCAGUUCCGCCCGACUGGUGCCCGGUGAUCUCGUGUCCGUUACCCGCUCGCAGGAUGAAAACAUAGUCCCGUGCGAUCUGCUGCUCAUCCGAGGUUCUUGCAUCGUGGACGAAAGCAUGCUGACUGGGGAAUCGGUUCCACAGAUGAAGGAAUCGUUAGAGAACAACACUGAUGAACACGACAAGGUGCUCGAUAUUGAAGCCGACGGCAAGCUACAUGUGCUGUUCCGUGGCACGAAAGUUGUGCAACAUUCGGCACCGAGCAAGGGUGCAAUGCGGUCGCCGGACAACGGCUGCAUCGGGUACGUGCUGCGCACUGGAUUUAACACAUCCCAGGGCAAGCUGCUACGAACGAUCCUGUUCGGCGUGAAACGCGUGACGGAAAACAAUCUGGAAACGUUUGCAUUUAUUCUGUUUUUGCUGGUGUUUGCGGUUGCGGCUGCAUCGUACGUGUGGAUCAAGGGUACGGAAGAUCCGGAGCGUAACCGGUACAAACUGUUCCUCGAAUGUACGCUCAUCUUGACGUCGAUCAUUCCACCGGAUCUACCGAUCGAGCUGUCGCUGGCAGUCAAUACGUCGCUGUUGCAGCUAUCGAAGGUUUACGUAUACUGUACGGAACCGUUCCGGAUGCCAUUUGCCGGUAAAGUACAGAUCUGUUGCUUCGAUAAGACGGGAACUCUGACGAGCGAUAACCUGGUGGUGGAAGGUGUCGCUGGACUAAAGCAGGACGCAACAAUCGUACCGAUUGAAGACAUACCAGAGGAGACAGCUCACGUACUCGGAUCUUGCCAUUCGCUAGUUCAACUCGACGAAGGACUGGUGGGAGAUCCACUCGAGAAAGCGACCCUAACGGCGAUCGAUUGGAACCUCACCAAGGGCGAUUCUUGCGUACCGAAGCGUAAGAAAUUCAAAGCUCUUCGAAUCUAUCAUCGAUUCCACUUCUCGUCCUCUCUCAAGCGCAUGUCCGUGUUGGCCGGAUAUUUAAUUCCAUUCUCGAAUGAAAACUGCUACAUCGGCACGGUUAAAGGAGCUCCUGAAGUGAUCGUAAAGAUGCUUAAAACCGUUCCGGAACACUACGAACGAACGUAUCUGGAGUAUUCCCGCCGGGGCGCCCGCGUCCUUGCCCUUGGUUACAAAAACUUCGGAACCCUGGACAACAAUACGGUGCGUGAGCUGAAGCGGGACGAUGUGGAGCGUGAUCUAGAGUUUGCCGGAUUCAUCAUCAUCUCCUGUCCACUAAAGCCCGACUCAAAGUACGCAAUUAAAGAGAUCAUUCAGGCAUCGCACAAAGUGAUGAUGAUCACCGGAGACAAUCCACUAACUGCGUGUCACGUCGCGAAGGAACUUCGCUUCAGUCGGCGAACGAUCGUAAUUCUAACUCCACCGGAAGAUCUUAACGGAAGCACUGGCAAGAGUGGCCCAAGCGAAUGGCACUGGGAAUCGAUCAAUCGCGAAGUACAGCUUCCCGUCGAUUCCCGCACGGUUAAAGAACUGUAUCGGGAGUAUGAUUUCUGUAUUACCGGCGAAGGUCUACAGUAUCUCGAUCGGGAACGUCAGGCGUACCUUCUCGAGCUAAUACCGUACGCUACCGUCUUUGCACGGUUUGCUCCGAAGCAGAAAGAGUACGUAAUAACUACCCUUAAGAAGCUAGGCUUCUAUACGCUUAUGUGUGGCGAUGGAACGAACGAUGUGGGUGCACUGAAGCAUGCCCACGUCGGUGUGUCCUUGCUGAGUCACAUGCCUUCACGCUCGGAUCGUAAACAGCAACGGGAGCAGCAACAGCAGCAGCAGCAGCAGGAUGAUAAGGAGGACAAGAAAAAGGCACUGAAACCAGCGACCGGUCCAAAUGCGGCGGGUGUGAUCGAUGAUGCCGCUAAUCGAAGGCAGCUAACGCCUCGCGAAAGGGCGAUCAUUCGUGCGCGGGAAAAUCAAAGUGCGGCUCAGGAACGGUUGCAGAAAGCGCUGAAGGAGAUGGAUGAGGAACAGGUGCAGAUAGUGAAGUUGGGUGAUGCGAGUAUUGCUGCACCGUUCACCAGCCGGUUGACAUCGAUCAAUUGUGUGUGUCACAUUAUUAAGCAGGGCCGCUGCACUCUGGUAACGACGUUACAGAUGUUCAAAAUUCUUGCCCUCAAUGCACUGAUCUCCGCUUACUGUCAGUCGGUGCUGUACAUCGACGGCGUUAAGCACAGUGAUGCCCAACUAACCCUGCACGGGUUACUGACCGCAGCCUGUUUCCUGUUUAUUACGCGUUCAAAACCGCUGAAGGUGCUGUCGAAGCAAGCGCCCUUGCCGAACAUCUUCAACCUUUACUCGGUCACAACGAUCCUGGCACAGUUUGCAGUCCAUUUCUCGGCCCUGAUCUACAUGGUGCACGAAGCAAAUGCCCGAUCUCCUCCACGGGAAGGAAAGGUGAAGCUAAACGUAGACCUGGCACCGGAUGAAAAGCAAGAAUUUGAACCAAACAUCGUGAACAGCACGGUGUACAUCAUUGGCAUUGCUAUGCAGAUCGCAACGGUUGCGGUCAACUACAAGGGUCAUCCGUUUAUGGAGAGUUUGCGCGAGAAUCGAUUGCUUUCGUACGCGAUCUUCGGUUCGAGCGCGAUUGUGCUGUGCUUGGCGUUGGGCAUCAUACCCGAUCUGCUCGAGAUGUUCGAAGUGAUCGACUUUGAUGCGGAUUUUCGACGAAUUCUCGUUGGUGUAUUAAUAGCGGACAUGGUACUAGCGUACCUAAUCGAUCGCGUCUGUUCGUUUCUGUUUGGUGAAACGCGUGGAAAGUCGGACAUUAUUACUUAA